GGCGCGUCAGUGAGCGGGAAGCGGCCGGCGCUCGGCAUCAGCAUGACGUCGGCUCUGGAGAACUACAUCAACCGUACAGUUGCAGUGGUCACAGCAGAUGGAAGAAUGAUUGUGGGUACCUUAAAAGGAUUUGAUCAGACCAUCAACCUAAUCCUAGACGAAAGUCAUGAGCGAGUAUUCAGUUCACAACAAGGUGUGGAACAAGUAGUACUUGGCUUGUACAUAGUGAGAGGAGACAAUGUGGCAGUGAUCGGUGAAAUAGAUGAAGAAACAGAUUCUGCUUUGGAUCUGGGAAAUAUCAGAGCUGAACCUUUAAAUUCUGUGGUACAUUGAAAAUAUAAGAACUUUGUGAAUGCAUAGUUAGCUUUGAGGAGAAUUGGAACUGAUGCUUUCACAAUAGUGCAUAAUCCUUUAGGAUAUUUGCAGUUCUGAAGGAAGGAAAGCUAUUUCAUACCUGAGUAUUUUUAUGUCUUUGUAGUUUGAAUAUUUACAUAAAUAUUUCUUAUGUAUUGAGUUCUUGCUGACCAAUUGAAUAUAAACUUAAAAUAAAAUUUUAAACUAAACAC